GUUGAGUACAGAGGGUAAAUUGACCAGAAUACCUGGUAACUAACAGCUGUGUCUCUAACUAAGCUUUGCCACGUCUAUUUUUUUUUUUGCAUCUGUUAAGGUUCUGCAGAACAAACACAAUUUGUGCAAAGAGAUUUUGUCUUUUUAUUGGACUCUUCUGAUGAAAUGCAACUUGAGUUCAGUGCUGUGCUUGGCUUUGUUGAACGAAUUGUGGAAAAGCUGGAUGUGGAUGAGAACAAAGAUCAAGUUGCUGUGGUACAGUACGGUAAAGAACCUUCGGUUGACUUUUUUCUGAACACGCACCAAACCAAGCAGAGCGUUGCAGAAAACGUGAGAAACCUGAGAGCAAAAGGAGGCAGUCCUCUCAACACUGGCGCAGCACUGAGCUACGUUAAAGACAACAUUUUCACAGUUUCUUCAGGAAGUAGGCGCCAACAAGGCGUUCCUCAGGUACUACUGCUUGUAAUUGGAGGACGGUCCAGUGAUGAUAUCAGAAACGCUGUGGAAGGCUUGAAAGCAAUGGGUGUGAGGGUUUUUGUGGUGGGGAUGAAGAACGCGGACAUCCUUGAGAUUCAGAUGAUUUCACAGGAAGCCAGUGGUGCUUUUCUCACAGCAGAUUCCAGCAACCUGUCAGACAUUGAGCAACAGAUCCUCUCAGCCACUGAAAGAAUCGAGAACAUUGCGACCAUAUCUACAUCAUUUGAUCCCAAUGGAAGAGACGUUGUAUUUUUACUUGAUGGCUCUGACGAUUCUCAGCGACGAUUCCCUGAUAUUUUAGACUUUGUUCAGAGUGUAGUCAGAGGCCUGAACAUUGAAAAGAAUGGGGACAGAGUGGCUGUGGUUCAGUACAGCAACACAGCAGAAAUGAACUUAAACUUGAACCAUUACGCAUCCGAGAGCGAUGUUCUCGAUGCAGUUGGGGGUCUGACUCACAAAGGAGGCAAUCCUAAAAACAUCGGAGCUGCUCUCCAGUUUGUGAGAGAUCAUGRCUUUGCUCCUGAAUCUGGAAGCAGACUCCGACAAGGAGUUCCACAAAUACUAAUACUGCUGAGUGGUGGCCGAUCUGGGGAUGAUAUCAGAACCCCGGUGAAGAUGCUGAGGGAAAUGGGGGUCAUUUCAGUCAUCAUUGGAACAACAGAUGCUGAUACUCUCGAGCUUCAGACGAUAUCUCGUGAACCCAAAUAUGCACUCUCAGUUUCUGACUAUGAAGAACUUCCUGCUGUUAAACAGGAUGUAAUGGCUCUGUUGGGAGAGGCUUCCCACCAUGUUGUGCACACUGGUCCAAAUGUAGGUUCUGGUAAGAGGCACUGUUUUAAUCUUUUCACUAACAAUUACUGUUGAUGACCUGUCAAUCAGAGGACAUUCUGCUGCUCAUAAUUGAUCCUGUUUGUGUUUAUUGCAGAUUCAAAGGGAAGUGAUGUAGUUUUUCUGAUAGAUGGCUCAUAUGACUCGAGGAAUGGCUUUGAAGAGAUACGAGCCUUUAUUGAGCGAAUUGUUGAAACUUUAAAUGUGAGCAGUGUUGGAGACCAAAUAGCUGUUGUUCAGUACAGCCGUGUGCCGACCGUUAAUUUCUACUUGAACUCCUAUUCAUCCAAAAGUGAUGUGCUCAGCUCUAUUAGAACCAUGAGGCAUAAGAUGGGACAACCUCAGAACACUGGAAAAGCACUGGAGUUUGUCCGAGACAACGUCUUUGCUCCAUCAGUUGGAGGCAGACGAGCAGAUUCUGUCCCUCAGUAUCUGUUUGUGUUUAGUGGUGGGCGGUCCGGGGAUGAUGUCAGAGCAUCUGCACAGUCACUCAAAGAGAACAACAUCAAGACUUUCAGCUUUGGGACAAAGAAUUCAGAUACUUUGGAAAUGCAAACCAUCUCUCACACUCCAGCACAUUAUUUUUAUGUCCCAAGCUUUGAUAAUCUGCAAAGCAUUUAUUCCGCUGUGACAGCUAGAUUAGGUGACACACAUGAAAUGACAGAAAUCACAACU